GGCAGCGGCGCACGAGCUUCGCGGAAAGGCCACGCUCUCCGCAACGCAGUGCUCACAACCCCGUCUUCUAUGUCGCCCGCCACCCACGCGACCCCUCCUCUCUUCGACUAGCCGCCGGGCCCAUUUCUUAGCAAUUGCAGAAGCUUAGCCUUCUUCCAUUCUUUCCCCGCGCAUCGUAACGCGGCCCGAAUUCGACGCGAGAGCGGCUAGACAUUGUCUCGGUGUCGGCGCAAGGACAGACGAGACACCAUGUUCGGGAAGCAAUGGACGAGCUUGUGCCUGCUGGCCGGGAGCUUUACAGGCGCGCUGGGCCUGGGGCUGGAGGAGCACCCAGACGUCAAGGCCAUCACUUUGCGGACACAUAGUCUCGAGACUCCAUACCUCGACUCGGACAUGCAAAGCCGCUGGUGGGACUUUGGCGGCGACUGCAUCAUCCGCACAGACAAGUACAUUCGCCUCGCUUCAGACAAGCCCUCGCGCGACGGCUGGAUAUUCUCGCGCGUGCCGCUGACCGCGACCAACUGGGAGAUCAUGGUUGAGUUCAAGAUCUCCGGUCAAGGCAACCUUUACGGCGAUGGCUUCGCAAUGUGGCUCACCAAGCAGCGCGCCACCCAGGGCAACGUUUUUGGCGCCGCCGAUAAGUUCGAAGGCCUGGGUGUCUUCUUCGACACGUACAAGAACAACCGACCCGGCACUGUGUUUCCCUACGUUAUGGCUAUGACCGGUGAUGGGAGCACGCCGUACGACAAGGACAACGACGGCAAGGCGAACGAGCUCGCCGGAUGCUCGGCCAGAGGUAUCCGUAACGCCGGAAUUCCCACGAAAGCCCGCUUCACCUACUUUGCCGACAAGUCCCUAAAGCUAGACCUCCAGUACAAGCAAGAAGACGAAUGGACUGAGUGCUUCGAGAUCGAGAACUACAAAGUGCCUCCGGUGGCCUAUCUUGGUUUCUCUGCUGAGACAGGCGAGCUGUCCGACAACCACGAUAUCAUUAGCGUGCGCACCCAGAACCUGUACAUGAAGGGCGGCUCGCAAUCGUCGUCGAACACCGCAAAGAAGACCGCUAGCAGCGCAGUGAGGCCCAAGGAGAGCAGCGGUAGCUGGAGCUGGUUCCUGUUCAAGUUUGUGAUGUUCGGCCUGGCCGUUACCGGAGCAUACGUUGGGUUCACCGUCUACCGCGCCAGGCAGAGGGACAGGUUUUAGACGUGCUCCCGAUGAGAUGUUGUCAGUUCAUGGUGGGCACGAAACCCAAACAAGACUCGACUUUGCAUACGCAAGAGACCUGGAUGGGUCAGAGGUUGGAUGAGCAUUGGAUCUGGUGUUGGUGGAUUGAUCAUGUACAAGGUUGGAUGAUGUUGUUUGUCUGAGUUGGUUGGACGGCAUUGAUAGCGUUUUUCUUUCUCCUAACGUCACUGUUCAUAUAUCUGUCCUACGAUUGAAGACGUCAAGCCUUACAUGUUCACUUUCUGGUACUACGAGUGAAUACGAGAGUAGUGUAGUGGAGGUACGUGAGAGUGUAUUGAAUACAUGUAUGGAGCU